CGGAGAGAAGCUGCAGGGGAGGGGGGGUGGCUCAUCCUGCAGCACUGACUGCAUUUUUCUGCCUUUCCGUGCAUUCUCCUGCCCCAGCCCCAGCCUCCUUGCCCCUUCUCCUGCCCCAGCCUCCUUGCCCCUUCUCCUGCCCCAGCCCGGGCCUCCUUGCCCUUCUCCUGCCCCAGCCUGUGCAUUCCCUGGAUGUAUUCCCCGGACCUGCCGCCUCUGGAGCGCCCCAUACCCGUGUGGAUCCCGGGCUUGCUGUGCCUGCAGAUGGCCAUGUCAUUUCUCCGCCAGCUCUGGCAGCAGAAGGAUGUGCUCAUUACUUUCCUGCUGCCUCUUCUCUUCCUGCCCCUGCCCCUGGCAACUCAGAGCAAGGAAGCAGCAUGUGCUUACAUCUUAUUGGUCACUGCCGUUUACUGGAUAUCAGAGGCCAUCCCACUCGGUGCCGCCGCUUUGGUUCCUGCCUUCUUAUUCCCACUCUUUGGCAUCAUGAAAUCAAGUGAGGUGGCAUCUGAAUACUUUAAAGACAUUCAUCUCCUCUUAUUCGGCGUUGUGUGUUUGGCCGCCUCCAUCCAGAAGUGGAACCUGCACAAACGGAUAGCGCUUUGGAUGGUCCUGUCUGUUGGAAGCAAGCCCAGCUGGCUUCUUUUGGGUUUCAUGAGCUGCACUUCUUUCCUCUCCAUGUGGUUGAGCAACACUUCCACCGCUGCUAUGGUAAUGCCUAUUGUGGAUGCUGUGCUGUGUCAGCUCAAUAGCGCCGCCCCAGAGGAGAAAGCCUUAACCGACUCUAAAACCAGCACAUCUCAGAAUAACGAGGAUACUACAAAGAUUGAUUUAACAUCUUUUCCAGAAAGCAAUAACAUGUUGGAUAAUGGCAUCGCAAACACAGAAGAACGGGAGGAGGAGCCAACAUUCGCAGCCCGCGCCUAUGCAAAACAGGGUAAAACUGGUCGCUUCUACAAAACUAAGCGCGAUCACAUGAUGUGCAAAGCUUUCUCGCUGGGGAUUGCCUACUCUUCCACCAUCGGUGGGAUGUCCACGCUGACUGGCACAUCUACCAACCUCAUAUUUAUAGAACAGUUUGAAACCCGCUACCCUGGGUGCCAGCUCGUAAACUUUGGAUCUUGGAUCGCCUUUUCCUUUCCCAUCGCCUUUAUCAUCUUGAUACUUUCCUGGUUGUGGAUCAACUGGCUUUUCCUUGGCUGUAGUUAUAAAGACAUGCAGUGCUGUGGAAAAUCAAAGUCGCCCACUGACCUGGACUCAAGAAAUAUCCUGAAACAAGAAUACGACAAGAUGGGACCUCUCAGCUACCAAGAGGUGGUAACGCUAGUGAUCUUCCUGCUGAUGGCCCUGUCUUGGUUUACUCGGGACCCUGGAUUUAUCCCAGGUUGGGAUUCACUGUUUGGACUUAAAGGAUACAAAUCUGAUGCUACCUCAGCCAUUCUCUUUGGAUUUUUAUUAUUUAUUAUCCCAGGAAGGAAGCCUGGCUGGUUGUGCUGUAGAUCUAAAGGGAAGUCCCGAACUCCUCAAGCUGCAGAAUCUACUCCGAUGAUAACGUGGAAGGAAUUUGAAGACUGUAUACCCUGGCAUAUUGUCAUCUUAGUUGGAGGGGGCUUUGCCCUCGCCAAGGGGUGUGAAGUGUCAGGACUCUCUACCUGGGUGGGGCACAGGAUGGUACCUCUCAGUAGUCUGCCAGGCUGGAUCAUUGUAUUUAUUGUGUGUCUGAUUGUGACCUCGGUGACGGAAGUUGCAAGCAACCCCGCUACGAUUACGAUAUUCCAACCCAUUCUUUCCUCACUGGCUGAAGGAAUAGGAGUCAACCCACUCUUCGUCAUCAUCCCAGCAACAAUAAGUGCCUCAUGUGCUUUCCUCUUGCCGGUGGCCAAUCCCCCGAAUGCCAUUGUGUUUUCCUACGGACAUCUGACCGUGCCAGACAUGAUCAAAGCCGGACUGGGCACAAAUGUCAUCAGCAUGUUGGCGCUGUGGUUCGGGCUGUACGUUUGGGGAAUACCAAUGUUCGAUCUGAACAGCUUCCCGGAGUGGGCAUCCCAUAAGAACAUGACAUCACUAGCAGCACCAUAACCGCAAUGGACCCGCGCUUUUUCUAAAAUCCAAUCGUUUACAGGGAGCGAUGGCAUUCUUGGUUCGGAGGACAGAGUAGAAUAAGCAGAGGAAGGCAGCUAGGAGCACACGGCCUUGGGCAUGGGCAUCUUUUUUUCUCACUUCUCCUUUGUUCACGUUUCUAGGGCACUCUUGCAACUUAAACCCUUUUGCUGCCAAAAGGAAAGAGCGCAUUUCUUACUGCUUUAAAAAAAAAAAAUGACUUUGGUGCUUCCAGAAAGAUAGUGGAAUGCAGUGCUCUGUAGGCAAGUAACACAUUCCCGCACCUAGACAGGUAUUUUGUACCUGUAUUGGCCCCUAUAGGAACGCACUGCACCUUGAACACAGCUCCAAAUGCUCUUGUGUGUGCAUACCCUAAAUGGGGCAACUUUUUAAAGUUGUUCAGUUAAAGGGAAAGUAAAUAUCCAACUGCUGAGUAGGAGCUCACACUCUAGAAAUCAGCACCUAGGUUGGCUUUCAUUGUCAUUGUCAACCCUCUUCAUCAGAUACCCACCCAGCUGCACAUCUGUGGGGGUAACCAGGGCCCUUUAAGCGUUUGAUUGAUGUAGUUGGGUAAGGGGGUCCUGAGCAUGGUCCCCAAUGUGUUUAGCGCAGUUUACUUCUCCUUUAUAGGGGCUUUUCACCUUUGAAUUAACUUUUAAUACAAUGUAGCGAGUGCCAUUCUGAGACAGUUUGCAAUGUAGAAGCUGAAACGUAUACUAGCUCAUUAGGUACCGGAACAAAGCAAUGCUCGUGGUCUUUACCACCAAUUUCAAAGGUCAAAAUAGAUGAAAGUGUUUUGUGCUUAAGGCUUAAAACUUAACCUUUAUUAAUUUAUUAAUAAAGGCCAAAUUCACAAGACUAACAACAAAGGACAAAGGAAUAAAAGCAAUGGAUAUUUGUGCCAGAAUAUACAUUGCAUUAAGGUUAUUCAACUAAAUUGAUUUUACUGAAUUCAUAUAUUUACACUAUUAUAGAUAUGGCGUUCCCAUACCAAAAAAAAA